CGUUCCCUUAACUCAGCCACUAACUAUCCCAACCAUUAUUGCUCUUCUUAAUUUUCUUUUCUUUUAAGAAAAAAUAAAAUAAAAAUUGGGGGUCAGUAAAAUUAUCUCCAAAUUUAUGGAGUACUUAUUUGUUUUGGAGGAAACUGUUUAAGAAUUCUUUCUACUUCGAUUAAUCCAAGGUUGUCUUGCCGCGUCCCCUUGCUUUAAUCCAUAAAUUCUAACGCCCAAAAAGGAAAAGAAAAAAAGAAUUAAUCGGGCCCUCAACUUCUAGGAGCUGAGAAUUCACAGUGAAUCACUGAAUUUACUUCUCUUUUCUUUUAAUUUCCUCCCAAUUCUGUAGUAACUGAGAUAAAUGGCUCUGCAUAGUGCUGCCGUGAGCUUCUGCUGUGUCUCGUUGAACCAUCAAGCUUCUUUCCUCAGGCAAUGCAGUGUCAAAUCAUCAAGAUUCUCUUCGCCCUCUUCGGUUUCGCUUCCAAGAUUCAGAAUUCAAGUCUAAUUACUUGGUUCAUAGGGAAAGCAGUAGAAAGUGGUAAUGGCCCGUUAGAAACGGAGGAGUCGUCUCUUGUGGUUUGCUUCGGGGAAAUGCUUAUCGAUUUUGUGCCAACCACAAGUGGACUCUCUUUGGCUGAAGCACCGGCUUUUAAGAAAGCUCCUGGAGGUGCACCUGCUAAUGUGGCUGUUGGGAUUGCUCGACUUGGCGGUGCAUCAGCAUUCAUAGGCAAGGUGGGAGAAGAUGAGUUUGGCUACAUGCUUGCGAAUAUUCUAAAGGAGAAUAAUGUGAAUAACGAAGGAAUGAGGUUUGAUCCCGGUGCUCGUACUGCUCUAGCUUUUGUAACUCUCAGGAAAGAUGGGGAACGCGAGUUCAUGUUUUAUCGCAACCCCAGUGCGGAUAUGUUGCUCCAGGAGGCCGAACUUGACUUCGAGAUGAUUAGAAAGGCCAAAAUUUUCCACUAUGGUUCUAUAAGCUUGAUUACAGAACCUUGCAAAUCAGCCCACAUAGCUGCUAUGAAGGCUGCAAAGGAUGCCGGUGUGAUCUUGUCAUACGAUCCAAAUUUAAGGCUUCCGUUGUGGCCAUCUGCAGAGAGUGCUAGAGAAGGCAUUCUUAGUAUAUGGGAUACAGCGGAUAUUAUUAAGAUCAGUGAGGAGGAGAUAUGCUUUCUGACACAAGGAGAAGAUCCAUAUGAUGACAAUGUAGUUCGUAAACUGUACCAUGAAAAUCUGAAGUUACUCCUCGUAACUGAAGGUCCAGGAGGCUGCCGAUAUUAUACCAAGGAGUUUAGUGGGAGGGUGAAGGGUCUGAAAGCGGAAGCUGUAGAUACAACAGGUGCCGGGGAUGCUUUUGUUGCUGGAAUCCUUUCACAGCUAGCUCUUGACACCUCGUUGCUUCAGAAUGAGGAUCGACUGAGAGAUGCACUGAGAUUCGCUAAUGCUUGUGGAGCCUUGACCGUGAUGGAAAGAGGUGCUAUUCCUGCUCUGCCCACGAGAGAGACGGUGCUCAACACCUUGCUUAAGCCAGUAGCAUAGAUUUCCGAUUCUCCACCGAAUCCCGACUCCUCUCCAAGGUAUCGCUCUUUGCCCGUGUAGACAGACUUGUUUGGUUGUUAUUUUUCAUGGAUGUAAUCUAGGAUAGAAUUGGCCGUUUGGAGUUGAGUUCCUGACAGCCUAUAUUUUGUAUGUAGUUUGUUUCAUAUAUGCAUAUCAUUGAAUUAUGUGCAUGGGAGCAGGUUAACCAAUUUAAUUUUUAGUAUGUUAGUGUCUGAAA